AUGUCAAAUUCAACAUUGGUGACGUCCGCAGGUCCCUCAAGGAUCAGCAUGUAUAUUGGAGCGGGUAUAAUGCUCGUGACUUUAGUUCUAGGCAUAGUCGGUAACAUACUUAUAAUGAUAGUCAUAUCUCUGCGGAAAGACCUCACAAAUAUCAUCCACACAUUUGUUGUGAGUCUGUGUAUAAACGACAUCAUAAAUCUUAGUUUGAACAACACGCUUGUUACUAGUUCUUACAUGACGGGAAGGUGGCCAACAGGCAUGCUGGGAUGCGAAAUGUCCACCCAUUUUACGGUUCUACUAAUGGGAUCCUCCUUGUGGCACACGGCGCUCAUCGCAAUUCAUCGCCUCAUCGUCGUCGUCUUUAACAACUUUUAUAAGAAGAUUUCAAAAAAGGGCUACACUAUAUUCGUACUGGUGUUUUGCCGAGUUGUUCCACUGCUGUUUUUAUGCCAGCCGUCGCUUGGGCAUAUGGCAUAUUACGAACCAAAACUAAUAAGAUGUAUUGUGAAGAAAAACUAUGGACCGUUCACAUUACUUGUGAGUAUCUUUCUGAUGAUGAUCCCAUCCCUUAUUUUGAUUGUCUGCUAUAUUGCCAUUUUCAUUAAGGUUCAUCAGUCAUCACAGGCAUUCCGCGCACAUCGACACAAAGAAUGGCUUAAACGUGAGAUCCAGAUUACGAAAAUGUUCGGAAUCGUAUUUCUCCUGAUCAUGGUUGGAUACAUACCAUACGGCAUAGUUCGAGCAAUAGAUAAGACUCUUUCAUACGACUCGGAUUUUUAUGUAUUCAUCACCGUAUUUUUCGCCGUUGCCAAUUGUUUCAACCCUGUCGUGUAUGGUGUGAUGGACAGACAGAUAAGAAGCGCGUGUUUGGAGGUGUUUCGCUGGCGACGCUUGGUAAUAGAUGACACCCAGGCUUCCCCUGAGUUUCUUAAUAAGGAAACGAUGACAAUCCACACUCGAAUGUCGGUUGAAAUAGAUGAUUGUACAGCGAGAAGUAAUAUGAUCCAGUUAGAGUCAUAGAUAAUUUAAAUAGUUGCUACAAAUGUGGCUGUGUUGUUUCGUAUGUGGUCCAAUAUAUAUGCUUUAGUUGAUUGCUUACAACAUAAUAA